AUGGCUCUGUGGAAAGUCACCAGCGCUAUCGCCCGCAGGGAGGCGGCAUGCCCUCGCUUCGCCCGUGCCUUCUCGGCGGGGCUGAAGCGAACGCUGACCUACGAGGAGCACAUCAAGGAAGGCGGGAAGAUGGUCGACUUCGCAGGCUAUGCCAUGCCGGUUCAGUACGAAGCCAAGGGCAGCAAGCAUGCCCUGAGCAUCAUUGACUCCACCAAGUGGACAAGAGAGAGCGCUUCUCUCUUCGAUGUCAGCCACAUGUGUAGCAUCAGGUGGACCGGUAAGGAUGCCUUUGACUUCGUUGAGCGCGUGACCACCGCCGACGUUUACGGACUGCCACCCAUGACGGGGGGUCUCAGCGUUAUCACCAACGAGCGGGGCGGCGUGAUUGAUGACACCUUGGUGACGAAGUGCCACUCGAAGGAGCAUGGUGAGCACGUUUAUCAGGUCGUGAACGCCGGUUGCGCUACCAAAGACCUGAAGCACUUCGAGGAGCAGUUGGGGAAAUUUGGUGGCGACGUGAAGAUGGAGGUGAUGUGGGACAACCGUGGCCUCUUCGCCAUCCAGGGGCCCAAGGCCAUGGAGGUGAUGCAGCGCCUGAGCCCAUCUACGGAUCUGAAGGCCGUGCCCUUCGGCGAGUGCUUCUGGGCCAAGCUCGAAGGUGCCGAGUGCCUCGUUUCGAGGUGUGGGUACACCGGCGAGGAUGGCUUUGAGAUCUUCGUCCCGGGCGAUGCGGCCGUCGCCGUGUGGCAACUCCUCUCCUCGCAGUCGGAGGUCCGGCUCGCAGCGCUCGGUGCGCGAGAUGCACUCCGACUGGAGGCAGGCCUUUGCCUCUAUGGUCACGAGCUGGAUGAGGACACCACCCCCAGCGAGGCCGGCCUCAGCUGGGUCGUUCCUAAAGCGAGACGUGAUGGAGCCAAGAACAAGUUUCUGGGCAGCGACGUAGUCCUGGGCCAGCUGGCGGACAAGAGCAAGUACACCAGGCUCAGGGCUGGGCUGAUGCCGGCCUCGGGGCCCCCAGCUCGAGAGGGUGCGGACAUCGAGACGCCGGACGGCCAGGUGGUGGGCAAGGUGACCAGCGGAAGCAUGUCCCCUUGCCUGAAGAAGAACAUCUCCAUAGGUUACAUCAACAAGCCCCACAACAAGCAGGGCACCGACCUACAGGUCGUGGUCCGCGGCAAGAAAUACCCGGCGAAGGUAACCAAGAUGCCCUUCGUUCCCACCAAGUACUACAAGCCGUGA